AUCAGUGAUCUGGUGGUGAUCUGUAUUCUGUGAUUUACGUUAUUUUAUUUACAAAAUCCUUUUCUAAAAAGCUCAUUUGACUUUUAUAGUAUUCCAAGUUAAUAAAAAUGACCAGGCAUGCAAGAAACUGCACAGCCGGGGCAGUAUAUACAUAUCACGAAAAGAAAAAAGAUGCAGCUGCCUCAGGAUACGGCACACAGAGCGAAAGAGUUGGCAAAGAUUCCGUGAAAAGUUUUGACUGCUGUAGUUUAACUUUGCAGCCCUGCAGAAACCCAGUAGUCACAAAAGAAGGAUACCUUUUCGAUAAAGAAGCGAUAUUAGAAUAUAUUAUAUCAAAGAAAAACGAGUAUAACCGCAAAUUAAAACAAUAUGAAAAACAGUUGAAGAAGGAAGAAAAUGAAAUGAAAGAGUUGGCUGCAGCUGAAAAAGAGGCCAAUCUUAUUAAAUUCAUGAGCAGAGAGAAGAACAUUACACACACGAGUAAAUCUGACACCAGUGCAGCGUCUUCUUCUGUGUCGAACCUGGCGAAUGGUAAACAUAAGGAAUUACCAAGUUUCUGGGUACCCUCACAGCUACCUGAUGCAAAAGUUUCCAAAAUAGAGAAACCAGACCCGACAGUUUUGUGCCCAAUAAGUGGUAAACCUCUCAAAAUGAAGGAUUUGAUAGAAGUGAAAUGGACAUUGGUGAAUGACCCUGAGGAUAAAAAAUCUUUGAUUGCCAAAGAGAAUAGAUAUAUGUGCCCCAUCACACAUGAUAUAUUAAGCAAUGCUGUACCUUGUGCUAUUAUUAGAAAUAGUGGACACAUCAUAACAAUGGAAUGUGUAGAAAAGAUUAUCAAAAAAGACUGGAUCAACCCACUCACAGGCGAGAAGCUUAAAGAGAAAGAUAUCAUACCUCUGCAGAGGGGAGGCACUGGUUAUGCUCUCACCAACCAAAACCUGGAGGGGAAAAAUGAGAGACCUGUGUUACAAGCUUAGUUUAUUUAGCUAAUUUACUAAGACACUGUCUUGUAUACAGCUGCAACUCCUAAACAGCUGGACCAAUUUAUAUGAAAUUUUGUACAUAUCAAUUGGUCUGUGGAUGAUUUUAAAAUACAAAUGGACCUGGUAGAUGGCAUUCUGUUCAAAUCUGUGAACAAUGUCUGGUCUUGAAACACCACUACUUGGUCUAGUUGAGAAUCUAAAAUCAUCUGUUCUAAUGUAACACACUUGCAUCGUUUCAACCAUAUAUGAGGUAUUCAUAUAGAAAAAACUAUAUACAAAGAUGGUUGUAUAUUAUAUAGUUUAUGAAUAGGCUAUACUUGUAUUAUAAAAUAU